AUGGCCAUUUCACACAGUCUUCUGAAGAAGACAAUCGCACUUUACCACUCAACGUAUACAGCUCCAUUAAUAGUCAAGACUUUGAGAAUAAACAAGAAGCAACACAAUUACAGCCCAAAUCUCAUUUCCAUUUCAGCUCAUAUGAUCAGAGGCUACGGAUCAAUACAGCAAGCUACUACUGUGCCUCCUGCUGUUCCAGAAUUUGAUCCAAUCCCACCGGAAAAUCCACCUCCGAGCCCGGGCCCUGGUUUUCCAGGCCCUCCGAAUCCAUUACCACCUGGUCAUGAUCCACCAGGGCCAGACAUGCCUGGGCUACCACCGGAAAUUUCUCCGCCGGGUGGCCCAGACGUUAUACCUCCGGCUAUUCCGGAGAUUGUUCCUCCGGGUGGGCCGGAUGUUAUACCUCCGGCCAUCCCGGAGAUUGUUCCGCCCGGUGGACCGGAUGUUAUACCUCCAAAGCUGCCGGAACCUGGGUCGCCGUACCCGACGGAUAUUCCGCCGCCCAUUAUCACUUUUGGGCCUGUUGUUUUUAGGGCAGGUGAAAGAUUUUAA